GGAACAAAUCCUGGCGCAAAAGAAACGCGCGAAGCGUGCGUCGCGCCCGCUUUGGCGGCGAAAUAUCGCUCAGAUAUGCCAAAUAGGAGAGCCCGUCUCCAUGUAGAAGGAGCAGCAGCCGAACCCGCUGCUCGAUCUACUUCGCUCGCGCGCUCCAUCGACCAGCCAUCUUCCUUCUCCGGCUGCUCCGUCGCCCCCCCCACCCCCCAAACCACCACGGCAAGGCUGGGCUCCAUCUACUCCAUAGCUGUUGGUUCUCUUUCCAGGUAGAGAUCUGUCCGCUGUAGUUCUUGAGAAGAGAAGUAUCUGACUAAAUCAAUCGGAUUGUUGUAGUCCUUGUAGAAGAGAAGCAUCUGACUAAAAAAUCAAUCGGAUUGUUUUAGUUCUUGUGGAAGGAAAUUAAUUGACUAAAUCAAUUGGGCUGGGGCAUCGUCCGCGCAGGGAAUUGGAGCUUGGACUGUCGUGGGAGGAGAGAUGGCUGGUGUCAAGAGAUUCCUCUUCUAAUUUUGUUUGAUAGAUUUAUUUCUUUUGCAAUAGAAAUUGCUGUAUUGAUUUGCACUGAAACUCUUUCUUUCUUCCUUCCCGAAGCUUUCCCUUCUGUAUCGUCUUUGAGUCACAAGGACUAAACGAUUCCUCUCUACAUUUGCUUUGUUGCAAAAUGAUGCAACCGAAUGCUCUUUUUUCAGAAUUCCCGAGGUUUUGUUUUCCAUAGGAUUAGAAUGGUCUGGACAUCCUAUUCCCCUACUUUUCCUAUUCCUGUGAAUUGUAAAUCCUCCAAACCGAAUAGGCCCUCAUCCAUUUACACAUGAAACUGAAAAAACCGGCCGGGCCUAAUUAGUCCGAAUGGGCCCGUUGUACAUGACAUAUUUUUUUCAUGGACCAUUGAACAUGAUUGGAGGGCGACCAGAACCAAACUAGGCCCAUUGAAAGAGAAGUUUUUUUUUUGAGCGCAGCCCAUUGAAAGAGAAGUAGAGAACCAACUAAUCCACGCAGGAAGAAGAAAUGACGGCCCGUUUCACAUGGUGGGCCAGCCCAAGCCCAAGACAGGGUCGAGAUAGAAAGAAACGCACAGGCGUCCCGAUUCCCACUGAAAAUAGAGCAGCGGUAUUAAUUUCUUUCUAAUUUUUCUUCCUCCCGCCACAGCGAAGCCCUCGCGUUCCAGAUUCCCCAGUUCAAAAUCAUUUCCCUUUUCUUUUCUUUUCCCCAUCCCCCGCGUCUCUCCCUUUCUCUCUCUCUUUCUCCCCAGACCAAACCCCAGCCCCAGCCCCCGGAAGCGAACCGAGGCGCUCGAGCCGGGAGAGAUCUCGCGAGGUUGUGACGGGGGGAUGAUGAGGGGGAAGAGCGCGAGCGCAGCGCGGCCGCGGGCCGGGACGAGCCAGCCCCGCCGCUUCUCCGCCCCCAGAACGGCGACGAAGGCGGCGGCGGCGGUGGGGAGCUCGCCGUCGGGGGAGCUGUCGCGGCAGCUCGAGAGCGUCACGCUCCGCAACUUCUUCUCCGACGCCCCCGCGCUCAAUCCUAUCGGGGAGGAGGCUCCGGCUCCGGCUCCGGCUCCUGCUCAGCCGCAUCCCGUGGACGCGGACGUGCCCAUGGAGGACAAGGACUGCUGCAUCCUCAGCCAGGAUUUCUUCUGCACCCCGGAUUACCUCACGCCCGACGCGCCGCCGCUGGCGAAUAGUUUCGACUCCGAUAAGGAGAACAUCCCUUGCCCCAAAUCUCCGGAGAAGUCGGUCGCUCGGAGCAAGAGGUACAAGAGAGAUUGUUCGCCCAAAGACCUCAGGUCGGUGAGCCUCUCAGAGUUGGACGAGCAGGAGCUUACUCCUGUCCCGUGUGGUCUAUGUCAGGAUGAUUCAGAGGAAGAACAGAUGGUGCGACCUAGUUUGCAAAAGAGAGGUAGCAUCGUUCCUCAAUCAGCAAGAACUCUGCGCUCCCAGGUGACUCCUCCGCCAUGCAUCAAGAACCCGUAUAAUGCUGAUCCUCGAAUAGACGACGGUGUUUUCAAUGUAAGGCAAGGCAAAUCAUCAGGGUCUUCUCCCUCCAUUGGUGCUUAUGGUCUUUCACGUUACCGUAGUGAUUUCCAUGAAAUUGAGCAAAUUGGCCGAGGAAACUUCAGUCUUGUGUUCAAAGUUCUGAGAAGGAUAGAGGGCUGCCUGUAUGCAGUAAAACGGAGCAUCAAGGAGUUGCAUAGUGACAGGGACAGGAGGCUAGCACUGAAGGAAGUACAAACUUUGGUGGCUUUAGGUAACCAUGAGAACAUUGUUGGAUAUUUCACCUCUUGGUUUGAGACCGAGAAACUUUAUAUUCAGAUGGAACUGUGCGACCGCUGUCUAUCUAUGAAUGGGAACCCACUCUUGAAGCAUGAGGAAGCUCUGGAACUGUUGUAUCAGGUCUCCAAAGGCUUGGACUUCAUUCAUGGGCGUGGCAUAGCACACCUUGAUGUCAAACCAGAUAACAUAUACGUCAAGAAUGGUGUUUAUAAGCUUGGAGAUUUUGGUUGUGCUACACUUAUUGAUCGUAGUUUGCCAAUUGAAGAAGGAGAUGCUCGCUAUAUGCCUCCAGAAAUGUUGAAUGAUGAGUUUGAGCAUCUUGACAAGGUAGACAUCUUUUCUCUUGGGGCAACUGUCUAUGAGCUUAUAAGAGGCACUCCGCUUCCUCUGUCUGGACCCCAGUUUACUAGUCUCAGAGAGGGCAAAUUCGCAUUGCUUCCAGGACGCCCUAUUCAGUUCCAAAAUUUAAUCAAGUUGAUGAUGGACCCUGAUCCCACGAGGCGGCCUUCUGCGAAGGAGAUCCUGAGACACCCCAUCUUCGAGAAGCUCCAUCAGGGCUCAGGUCCCGGCGAAGAUGUAGAACAGCUGCACCCUAUAUUCAGAUCCCGGCAGUAAGAGAGCUGAGAGCGGGUGCGCGGCUGAGUCAGUCAGCUGCCAAAUUUUGUGUGCCAAUGAAAAAAGGCUCUCCAAGAACGCUCUACGGAUCCUUUUCCGCCCCUAUUACCAGACAGCACAAGAUGUUAUGUGCCUGUCUGAUGAUAUUCUGUAUAGGCAGCGAGAGUUAAGCUGUGAUUCGAAGCAACUUCUGUUGUUUUAGCGGAUGUGAAGCCGAAGUUUCUAUGGUAGAGACUCAGACUCGAUCAAGGAUUCAAGUCUUGUAAGUUAUGGCCGUUUUGGGUUUUGUCGUGUUUUGGGUUGGUCUGGGGUUUGUGCUCGAAGCUCCUAUUUAUGCUGCCUUCAGGAAUGCAGAGUGCUGCCUUGCUGUGAAUCGCUUUGUCACCAAUCUCUGCUGGAGUGUGAUUUGAUAUCGAAAUUUGGCUGGGAGUAGUCAGUGGCCUACUUCCAUUGUAAAUACAAGAGCAUUUCUUCC